CUGUUUACUAGUUCAGACACUUUCUGUCAGUGUUGUUGUCUGUUUAUAAGUUCAGACAAUUUCUGUCAGUGUUGUUGUCUGUUUACAAAUUCAGACAAUUUCUAUCAGUGUUGUUGGUUGUUUACACAUUCAGACAAUUUUUGUCAGUGUUGUUGUCUGUUUACAAGUUUAGACAAUUUCUGUCAGUGUUGUUGUCUGUUUACAAGUUCAGAAACUUUCUGUCAGUGUUGUUGUCUGUUAACAAGAUCAGACGCUUUCUAUCAGUGUUUUUGUCUGUUUACAAAUUCAGACAAUUUCUGUCAGUGUUGUCUGUUUACAAGUUCAGACAAUUUCUUGUUGUUUGUUAUUAACAAGUUCAGACUCUUUCUGUUACAGUUUUUGAUUGUUUAUGAGUUCAGAUUCUUUCUGUUACAGUUUUUGAUUGUUUAUAAGUUCAGAUUCUUUCUGUUACAGUUUUUGAUUGUUAAUGAGUUCAGAUUAUUUCUGUUACUGUUUUUGAUUGUUAAUGAGUUCAGAUUCUUUCUGUUACAGUUUUUGAUUGUUUAUGAGUUCAGAUUCUUUCUGUUACAGUUUUUGAUUGUUUAUGAGUUAAGAUUCUUUCUGUUACAGUUUUUGAUUGUUUAUGAGUUGACUAGCUCAGACACUUAUAUGGUUUUGAGUUCAGAUACUUGCUGUUACCUAAAUUGA